AUGAUUCCUUAUCCCCUGAGCAUCCGACCGGGUUGUGGUGAUCCCGUGUAUUUUCAUUUCAAACAUCGCCUCCACAGGCCAGACAACUGCGAUCCUAGAAACCGAGGCGAAGACCAGGAGCUGAACCAGCUGCCAUUUAGGGUAAUCAAGGGGUGCCAUGCAAACGUGGGAAACUUUAGUUCUGACGAUUCAUCCAGCGGUUCCCGGGUAAUAGAGAUGGGUUGGGAUCCACCCCUUGAACCAACCUGUGCUACAUCUGCAGACUGUAGGGGUUGGCCACAUUCAACUUGCAAUCCAGCAAAAGAUGGAAAGAAAAGAUGCCGUUGCAAUGCAUACUUUCGAUGGAAUGGCUUUAACUUGAAUUGUACUCAAGGCGGUCUUCAAGUAGAGCCAUCUAAACCGCCACUAGAAGAGCAUUCAAGAAGACAAAUACCAUUGUCUCUUAUAGUUGUGGCAGUGCUUGUUAGCAUCAUUUUUGUGGCAUGCAUCAUUUCCAUUUAUAUAUGGAGAAGAAAGAUGACCAGUAAACGAGAUCAAAUAAGUCGAGGACGGUUUGAUAGUGAAAGACGACUCAAAGAGUUGAUAGAGACAAGUGACUUCACGGAAGAAGAAGGUAUAGAUGUCCCCCUUUUCGAUUUGCAAAUCAUACUAGAUGCUACGGAUAAUUUCUCAGAUGCAAACAAGCUUGGACAAGGGGGCUAUGGGCCUGUUUAUAAGGGCAAGUUCCUUGGAGGUCAAGAAAUUGCAAUAAAGAGGCUAUCAAGGGUUUCAGGACAGGGUUUACAGGAAUUUAAGAAUGAGGUGGUGCUGAUUGCCAAACUUCAACAUCGAAACCUUGUUAGACUUAAGGGAUAUUGCAUGAAAGGAGAAGAAAAGAUUUUACUCUAUGAGUACAUGCCUAACAAAAGCUUAGACUCCUUUAUAUUUGAUCGUACUAAAAAAAUGUUUCUCAAUUGGGAGAUGCGCUUUAACAUCAUUUUGGGAAUCGCUCGAGGACUUCUUUAUCUUCAUCAAGAUUCCAGAUUGAGGAUCAUUCACAGAGAUUUGAAAACUAGCAAUAUUCUCUUAGACGAGGAGAUGAAUCCCAAAAUAUCUGACUUCGGCUUGGCCAGGAUUGUUGGAGGCAAAGAAACUGAGUCAAGUACAAACACAGUAGUUGGAACUUAUGGCUACAUGUCUCCAGAGUAUGCAUUAGAUGGAACUUUCUCAGUGAAAUCAGAUGUGUAUAGCUUCGGUGUGGUUCUUCUUGAGAUAAUCAGUGGAAAAAAGAACACAGGAUUUUAUCAAACCAAACAAACUUUCAGCCUCAUAAAUUAUGCAUGGAGACUGUGGACAGAAAACAAGGCCUCGGAACUAAUGGACAGGACUUUGGAUGAAAGUUGCAACAAAAGUCAAUUCAUGAAGUGUGUCAAUGUUGGGCUCUUAUGCGUACAAGAAGACCCUGUUGAUCGUCCCACCAUGUCAAAUGUUCUUACCAUGCUUGACAGUGAAAUUGCAAUCUCUCCAACUCCUAAACAACCAGCCUUUCUCUUAAGGAGAGGCAACAACUCCAGCACAGCUUCUUCUUCUACUAAGCCAGAAACAUUUGCCGAAAUAACUACAAGUCUAGAAGAAGGUAGAUAA